AUGUUUUACUUUUGACUGAUGUAUUCGAAAACUUUAGAAAGCUUUGUAUAAAAACUUAUGGACUAGAUCCUGCUCAUUACUAUACUGCCCCAGGUUUAAGUUGGGAUGCAAUGUUAAAAUUUACAAAAAUAGAAUUAGAAUUAUUAACAGACUAUGACAAAAUUGCUUUUUUUAAAGCUGGUAUUAGAGGGGGUAUAUCUCAGUGUAGCAAUCGUUUUGCUAGAGCAAAUAAUAAAUUCAUGGAAGAUUAUGAUAGCGAAAAACCUAAUUCAUAUCUCACAUAUUUUGAUGCGAAUAAUUUAUAUGGUUGGGCAAUGUCUCAAUCUCUUCCUGUUGGUGGUUUUGAAUGGGUAGAUUCUAAUACAGAUUAUAAUGUUUCGGAUAACUCUGAUUUCGGUUAUGUUUUAGAAGUUGAUUUGGAAUAUCCUGAUGAACUUCAUGAUUUGCAUUCUGACUUUCCGUUAUGUCCUGAAAACAUAUGUGUGGGUAAUACUAAAGAAUCUAAAUUAGUUCCUAAUUUAAAUAAUAAAAAUAAAUACAUCAUUCAUUACAGGAAUUUAAAACAAUGCGUUGAAAUGGGGAUUAAAUUAAUGAAAGUACAUAGAAUUUUAAAAUUUAAACAGAGUUCUUGGUUAAAGAAAUACAUAGACUUAAAUACUAGUUUGAGAACGUUAGCUACAUCAAACUUUGAAAAAGACUUUUUUAAAUUAAUGAAUAAUUCUGUCUUCGGUAAGACUAUGGAAAAUAUUGAAAAAAGAGUAAACGUUAAACUACUAACUCACUGGGAUAAUCGUGGUAAAGUUUUAGGUGCUCAGGAUUGGAUUGCAAAACCAGAAUUCCAUAGUUUAUCAAUAUUUUCAGAACAUUUAGUCGCAAUACAACUACGGAAAACAAAAUUAAUUUAUGACAAACCGAUUUAUUUAGGAUUUUGUAUUUUAGAUAUAUCUAAGACCCUUAUGUAUGAAUUUCAUUAUAACUACAUGAUUAAAAAGUUUCAUAAUAAAAUUAAGUUAUUGUACACCGAUACCGAUAGUUUGAUAUAUCAAAUUUUUACAGACAAUUUUUAUGAGGAUAUAAAACCAGAUCUACUUCACUAUUUCGAUACAUCAGAUUACCCGGAAAAUAAUAUUUACGGAUAUCCAAAAAUAAAUAAAAAAAAGUUAGGUUUUUUUAAAGAUGAGAAUAAUGGUAAAGUAUUGAAGGAAUUUGUAGGGUUGCGAUCAAAAAUGUAUGCCUUAGAAAUAGAAGAUAAAUUUAUAGCAAAAGCAAAAGGAGUUAACAAAAGUGUUACCAAAAAAAUGAAUAUGGAAAAUUACAAAUCGUGUUUAUUUAAUAAAAAUGUAUUAUAUUGUAGUAUGCUUCGAUUUAAGUCAAUCAAACACACUAUUUUUACACAAAAAAUAAAUAAAACAUCUUUGUCAUAUAAUGAUACCAAACGAUGUAUUAUGGACAACAACAUUGAUACAUUGGCUUGGGGACAUUAUAAAUUACGUUAAGUGUGUAUAUACAAAAUUUGUUUUGAUUGCAAAAUUAUGAUAUUACUAUAAUAUUAUAUAAUAGUUUAUUACAUAUUUAAAAUUUAUUGUUUGAUUGUAAAUAGUGCAAAAAUAAUUGUAGUUUUUAUUUCUGAUAAGUACUAAAUGUAUUAGAAAUAGUAUACAAAACAUUCUGUUUUUCGCAAAUUAUAUGUUUUAGGUAUAUAAUUUUGUUAAUAUAUAGUAAUUUUACACCGACAUUUUCAUUUUUAUUUCAUCCCUUUAAAACUCUAGACGUGUGAAAUGUAUCACUUUAUCCACCCGUUUACUGCUAUUGUGGCAGGACCAAGUGGAUGUGGGAAGUCAAAUUUUGUAACAAAUUUCAUAAAAUCAGUUAAAGAAAUAUGUAAUUGUGAUUUUAAUCAGAUCACAUGGUGCUUUGAUGAAAUGCAACCUUUAUAUAAUUUACCAAAUGUUAACUAUCAUCAAGGAAUUCCAAAUCUUAAUAUGUUUGAUGGUGAAAACCCACACCUUAUUAUUAUUGAUGAUCUAAUGAGAGAGUCUGAUGGAAGAAUUGUGGAUAUAUUUACAAAAGGUAGUCAUCACAGGAAUCUUAGUGUAUUUUAUUUAACACAAAAUUUAUUUCAUCAAGGUAAGGGUCAAAGAGACAUUUCUUUAAACUCAAGUUAUAUAAUUUAUUUUAAAAACCCUCGAGAUAAAACUCAAAUAAGAUAUUUAGCACGUCAAGUGUCACCAGAUAACCCAAAAUUCAUUGAAGACGCCUACAGGGAUGCAACUUUCGAAGCGCAUGGAUAUUUAAUGAUAGAUUUAAAACAGAAUACAAAUGAUUUUUGUCGUAUCAAGACAAAUGUAUUCCCAUUUAAUGGUUACUGCACAGUCUAUGUCCCCACGAAAGAGUUUAAAUACACCAAGAAUCAAACAAUUCAAAUCAUUUCUAAAUGAUGCAUCGUCGACUCACCACGCAUAAACAUUUGCUAAACGCUUUGCAUACGCUUAAACCAAAAUAUCAAAGAGCGUUACUUAAAACGUGUGAUGAAGAAGAAAUAAAUUGUAUUUGUGAAUGUAUUCAUAACGUUUUACAAGGAAAGAUACCUCUCAAAGAUCAAGAUAAACAAAAAUUGAAUAAACACAAAAAUAUACUCCGUAAACUGGUGCAUAAGUGUACACAUAAACUAAGAAAAAAUAUUAUUAUACAAAAAGGAGGGGCUUUCUUACCAAUAAUAUUAGGUGCAAUAUUGAGUGGAUUAGUAAGUGGACUAGCCAGUUAACAUGGAAAAUGCUAAGAAAAUGAUACUUAUUGAACCUGGAUUGAUUGAAAAAUUAAAACAAGAAAAUAAGGUUACUAGUAAUUUGUCUCGACUAGAUAUUGAAAUGCAAAAUAUUAUGAAUAGUAAGACGGAAGACCGAAAGAAGUGGAUGUUAUAUUUACAAACACUACAAAGAUACCUUCACUUUACCGAAGAGGAUCGUCAACCACUCAGAUUACCAAUUUAUUCUGAUACAUCUAAUGAAGAUUCAAAUGGAUCUAAAAUUGGUUUUAAAAAUAAAGAUAGUGAUCUAAAAAGUUCAGUUGAUGCUGAAUCUUUGUUAGAGGAGAAAGGAUCUAUUAAAAGUAUAGAAAGUGAAGCAAAUCCACUGUAUUCACCAACACAAAUACUCAGUUUAAUUCCAAAAACUUAUAAUAAAAAAGGUGAGUCAUUAUUAAACUUAAUUGGAAUAAGUAAAAGUAAAAUACGUUGGGACAAUGAAGGCACAGUCAUAAUUGAUAAUGAAAAAAUUCCAGGAAGUAAUAUUGUUGAUUUAAUAAAUGAUUCACUUAGACCCUUAAAAAAAAGUGAUCCGAUAGGGUGGGAUAGAUUUGCUAAAGCAUUAAAAGAUAUUAAAGUACCACUUACUUAUAUUGGAAAUCCAAAGAGAUGUGAGUUUAUUAACCAACUACAAGCAAAAGAUCUGAACAAAACCUCUGAGAUUGAAGUUCAAGAGUUUUCUACACCGAGCAGUGGAGAUAAAAGAUCUAUAACUAAAAUACGUAAAAAGAUCGAUUGGGAAAAAUGGACCCCGUACUAGAAGAAAUUAACAGGAUUUAUUAUGAUCCAUCUAACCCUGCUGGUUUUGGUAGUAUUGAUAAAUUAUCAAAAGCUAUGAAGGGGAAAAUGGAUAAAAAGCAAGUAAAGGAAUGGUUACAAUCACAAGAAACAUAUACACUACAUAAACCCAUUCGGAAAAAAUUCCCGCGUAAUAGGUACAUUCUAUCAAACAUUAAUGAGUUGUGGCAAGCUGAUUUAAGUGAUAUGCGAACUUAUGCUCAAUAUAAUGAUGGUUUCAACUACAUACUUUGUGUUAUUGAUGUAUUUAGUAAAUAUGCUUUUGCAAGACCAAUGAAAAAGAAAAACUCAGAAACAACUAAAGAAUGUUUUGAAAGUAUAUUUACUGAAAGUAAUUCAACACCUACUCACAUACAAUCUGAUAAAGGUACAGAAUUUAUUUCAAAAGAUGUACAAAAAUACUUUAAAUCCAAAAAGAUAAAUUACUAUACCACUAACAAUCCUGAUAUUAAGGCUAGUAUUGUUGAACGAUUUCAAAGAACUCUAAAAAUGAAAAUGUGGCGUUAUUUCACUCAUAAUAAUACUUAUAGAUAUAUCGAUGUUUUACAAGAUUUAAUAUACUCUUAUAAUCAUAGCAUUCACUCGAGUAUUAAGAUGUGCCCAUGUGAUGUAAGUUCCAACAAUAUUAUGACAGUUUGGACUAAUCUUUAUGAUAGAGGAUCAAACAAACUUUCUUUAGAAAAUUCUAAACCAAAUUUCAACGUGGGUGAUUAUGUUCGAAUAACUAAAUAUAAACAUGUUUUCCAAAAAGGAUAUGAAUCAAAUUGGAGUGAUGAAAUAUUUAUUAUAUCUUCAA